AUGAAAGAAUUUUGUAAAGAACGUUACGAAUCUAGAGAAGAAAAAAGACGUUUGUGUUGUGAACUUAUUGAAAUAGCUAAAAACCAUCAUCAAGAAGAAAUUAUUGAUAUUCUUCAGUUCCAUUACGAUCAACAGCUAAAAAUGGAUAUUCCUUCCGAUAUAGAAUUAGACAAAAUAGUAACAUUAGAUGCAAAGUAUAAGAAAAUAUUACAUGGAAUGUUGGAAGGUCUAAACAGCAUCAUUACAGGAAUCUCUGUCAGUCUUGAUCCAGCUGAUCCCAAAACAUUUGUCAAUUUAUUCUCUAAACUGAAAUCAAAUGUUCGACAAAAUUCACAAGACAUUGGAAAAGUUAACACAAACGAAGAUAUUCGCAAGCUGAUUGAUAGAGAUGUGGCUGAUUCAAAUGAAAAAUUAGCGAAAAUAGAGGAUCGAUUGAAUCACUUGCAACAAUACAAUGAAAUGCUCAUGAAAACAAUCCGAGAAACCGAUGAACGUUUAAGUACUGCACAAGGUUUGACUGCGAUUGAGCGAAAAAAGAUUUUUGACGAACAAGAAUUAAAUAAGAAACAACAAGCUGUUUAUGAAGCUUCGACGAUUCUGUUUCGUCGAGAGCAGGAAAUUUUAAUGAAUAGACGGAAUAUCAUCUCGUUUAUCAGGCAAAAUUCUAACCUAUUUUUAUUCUAUCGAACGGUUGAAAAUCGUUUACAAGCAUUGUUUCAGAGCGUUCUAGCAGCUCAAGGCGGUUAUUUGCAAACUCAACUAUCCAUGAAAUAUACAGUAGCAGGUUUUGCAGCUCCUUUCGCACUGUCUCAAGCACUGAAAUUUGGGAAAGGAACCAUCGACAUAUUAAAAACAUAUCGUAAGUAG